GCAGCGCCCACCGCGUCCACGGCAGAAAAGAGCUUGCCCCCGGCUCCCCUGAACGUUAUCCAGCCCUCGGAGGCACCGGUUGAGGAGGAAGACUUUAAACCGCGGCCCAUCAUUCCCAUGCUUUACGUGGUUCCACGGACCAAAAAGGUGGUGUUUGACAAGGAGCGCAUGUCCUGCCAGCAGGCGUUUGAGCAGUUUGCCACCCAGAAGAGCCCAAGUUGGCGGGAACAGACGGUCCCUAUGGAGAUCCCUGUGAAGGAGGAGGAGAGCGCGGAAGCAGAAAGUACGGAGGUUGCUAUGGAAACUGCCUCUGCUUUUUCAAAAAUGAAGAUGGAGAUAAAGAAGAGUCGUCGUCAUCCGCUGGGCAAACCACCAACGCGCUCCCCGUUGUCGGUGGUUAAACAGGAGACCUCGAGUGAUGAAGAAACAUUUCCAUUUUCUGGGGAGGAAGAUAUGAGUGACCCAGAGGCUUUGAAAUCUUUACUUUCCCUCCAGUGGAAGAACAAAGCACAUAAUUUCCCAGCUGAAAGAAAAUUCAAUGCAGCUGCGGCCCUGAGUGAGCCAUACUGUGCUGUCUGUACCCUCUUUUACCCCUAUAACCAGUCCUUACAGAUGGAUAAAGAAGCUGUCCCAGUCUCUGUAGGGGACACCACCUCUUUCGUCCACCUUUCUAAAUGCGGACAAAAGACCAAGCCUCUGAUCCCGGAGAUGUGCUUUACCUCAAGUGGAGAAAACACAGAGCCCCUUCCUUCAAAUUCAUAUAUCGGAGAGGAUGGAACCAGUCCCUUGAUAUCCUGUGCCAAAUGCUGCCUGCAGGUUCAUGCGAGCUGUUACGGAAUACGUCCAGACUUGGUGAAUGAGAGUUGGUCUUGCUCACGGUGCUCAGCCAAUGCAUGGGCAGCGGUAAGCAUCUAUCGUUCUGGAGGCAAAAGAAAAUUUAAUGUGGGAAUGAAUUAGAUACUUCAAGGGUGAUGGGUGGAAUGCUGCCUCUGUAAUCUCAGGGGAGGAGCUCUUCAGAUGACCACUGAUGGGC